AUGCCAACGAUUCCAUGGUCCGUUAUGUGUAACGUGGUAGCGAUUUUGUCUCUCGUUCAUAGGGGCUGGUGUCGUGCGAGGUGCGUGCUCUCGUCUUUUGUGGGUGAUCAGUCCACGGGUGCUGCGUUUAAGUGCAUCCGAGCGUUGGGCCAGAACGUCGGUGAUGUUGCGUUAUUUCGGAAUUAUGCUUUGCGUGCGGUGCUUGCGUUGCUGAUGUCUUCGGUAGGAACUCAGUUACCGGUUGAGGGCAGAAGUCGUUACUUCUGGGUCCUUGCCGAGACGGGAACCCUUCCGAAGAGCUGUGCCUUUAUCGAGAAAGACUGCCUACGUACCCAUGCCGGGAUCAAGCCAACGUAG